AUGAAAAACUAUGUCAAUCGAUCUACUACAACUUCACCAACCCCUGAUACAACAACAGCUGCUCCGGAUACAACAUCGGCAGCAGCUCCGGAUACAACAACGGCGGCUGCGGGCACGACAGCAGCUCCGGAUACAACAUCGGCGGCAGCUCCAGAUACAACAACGACGGCUGCGAGCACAACAGCUGCUCCGGAUACAACAACGGCGUCUGUGGGCACAACAGCAGCUCCGGAUACCACAACGGCAUCUGCGGGCACAACAGCAGCUCCGGAUACCACAACGGCGUCUGUGGGCACAACAGCAGCUCCGGAUACCACAACGGCAUCUGCGGGCACAACAGCAGCUCCGGAUACCACAACGGCGUCUGUGGGCACAACAGCAGCUCCGGAUACCACAACGGCAGCUGCGGGCACAACAGCAGCUCCGGAUACCACAACGGCGUCUGUGGGCACAACAGCAGCUCCGGAUACCACAACGGCGGCUGGUGGCACAACAGCAGCUCCGGAUACAACAACGACGGCUGCCGACACAACAGCAGCUCCGGAUACACAACAACGACGGCAGCUCCGGAUACAACAACGGCGGCUGCGAGCACAACAGCAGCUCCGGAUACAACAACGGCGUCUGUGGGCACAACAGCAGCUCCGGAUACAACAACGGCGUCUGUGGGCACACCAGCAGCUCCGGAUACCACAACGGCAUCUGCGGGCACAACAGCAGCUCCGGAUACCACAACGGCAUCUGCGGGCACAACAGCAGCUCCGGAUACCACAACGACGGCUGCAGGCACAACAACAAUUCCAGAUGCAACAACGACAGUUGCGGGCACAACAGCGGUAG